AUGAAACUUGAUGCUCAGUUCAAAGCAAGUUUCUGGAACAACCUCUCCUUCCUCAUGGAGAACUAUGGCGCAAUGUCAGUCAAUGGAUUAGUAGCACAGUUUCUGCAAGUUCCUCAAGGCUUUGCUAAUGGUAUCAAACCUGGCAACACCAAACAGCUCGAGGCCAAGGUCGUCAUCCUCGGCAUGCAAGGCGUCGGCAAGACCUCCAUCGUCCACCGCUACACCACUGGCUCCUUCUCCUACUCCCUCACCUCGACCAUCGGCGCCUCGUUCUGCACAAAGAAGCUCUCCGUCGACGGCUGCAAGGUCCGGCUGCAGAUCUGGGACACGGCCGGCCAAGAGCGCUUCCGCAGCAUGGCGCCGAUGUACUACCGGGGCGCGAACGCGGCGAUCCUGGUGUACGACAUUACGAACAAGGACUCGUUCCACGACAUCGAGAACUGGCUCGCCGAGCUGCGGGAGAACAUGAGCGGCGACCUGGUCAUCCAGGUGGUCGGGUCCAAGGCCGACCUCGCCCCCGCCCGCCGCGCCGGCGGCGAAGGCUACGGGAGCCCGGUGGGCAUCACCGAAGUCAGCGCCAAGGACGACUCUGCCCUCAUCGAAGGCCUCCGCUCCCAAGCCUCCCGCGACUCCGUCCGCAUCCACGCCCAGAACCCAUCCCCCCACCACUCGCUGGCCGACGACCACGCCCAGCCCGCCGCCGGGCCGCGCCCGCCCCCCUCGGGCUUCUGCUGCUAG